CCAAGCUUCUCGAUAGCCCUUCUACUUGAAACCCCUCAACUAUGGCGCCUAAGGUUCUAUUUGUCCUGACCAGCUGUGGCGAGAUGGACAAUGGCAAACCCACUGGAUGGUACUUGCCGGAGUUUGCUCGACCCUACUACUGCCUGGUCGGUGACGAUGAGGCCAACCCGAAGGCUGAAAUCGUCGUGGCCUCUCCUGCCGGGGGCGUGGCGCCCAUUGAUCAAGGCUCCGUCGAGAACUUCCAGAGCGACCCCGUCUCGGUCAAGUUCUUUGACUCCAAGAAGACGCUGUGGGAGAACACGAAGCCCUUGAAGGAUUUCCUCGGGAAGGCAUCGGAAUUCGACGCCAUCUUUUACCCCGGCGGCCACGGACCCAUGUUUGACCUCGUCAACGACCAGAACUCUCUCCGCUUAAUCGAAGAGUUCUACAACGCGGGCAAACCCGUUGCCGCGGUCUGCCAUGGCCCUAUUGUGUUUGUCAAUGCCACGGUGGACGGCAAGCCACUCCUUGAAGGCCGCAGGGCAACCGGAUUCAGCAACGCGGAGGAAGAUGCGGCUCGUCUGACUGAGGCCAUGCCGGUCCUGCUCGAGGACGAGGUCCAGCGAGUCGGCGGUCACUACGUCAAGGCCGAGCAGCUCUGGAAGGAGAUGGUGGUUGUGGAUGGGCAGAUUAUCACCGGCCAGAAUCCUGCAUCUGCUCAAGGUGUCGGUGUUGCGUUGGCCACGGCUGUCGGCUUAUAGUGCAGUUGAGUGGCUGUAGAUAUCGGAGCGAUUAAGACUAGUUGACUGAAUCAGUUCUACGCGGCGUUGUGGAACAAGAGGACGUCGUGGUUUCACGAUGGGAGAAUGUUUUGGUGGUUUCUCUGUG